UAUUCACCGUCACCGGCACCGGCUCACUCUCCACUCGGUCGCUGUAGUAACGCGUGGGAAGCGGAGGCAGCAAACUGGAGCUCACUUCAACCGGUAAUUGUUGCCUACACGCUUCAUUUUUGGUGGGGAAGUCAUGACGGAUAGUUAUUUCUGGCCAUUUUGACAUUGUUUGGAACUAAUUACAACAAACGGAGUAAUACUCAGAAGCUGGAACUUUUUGCAGGUUUUUCCUCCCCACCCCUUCCAUAAAAGAAGCCACCAGUUGGUCGGCGGUUUGGUGGCUCUGGGUGUUCGUUCCGCUUGGAAGCAGGUGUUGUCUACGAAGAGGCGGACACUAGAGAAGCGGCGACUCGCUGGCCACCUGACCCUCUGGAAAACAAGACGGCGGCUAAUGACACCGAGGGGGCGAACUUUGUGCAAGGUUGUUGCUUGGCGAGCUCGUUAAGUUCGUCCUUCCCCUCGGGAAUUGCAGUUUAAUUUGAAGACGUGGCUCGCAGCCUCGUCCUCCCUGCGCCCACGAUGCCAAACGCCGGCGUAAUCCCGAGGCAGGAUCCAGCAACGCCUGCGCUCUAACGUGCACCUGGUGUGGCACCGCGGCCGGGAUGAGCACCACCGACCUGGAGCGCGUGUCGCUCAGCUCCUCGGCCAACUCGGUGGCCUCGAGUGCGCGAACGCUCUCCGCCAACGUGAAGAAGCUUCACAACGCGCUCAACCUGCUGCUGAACGACUUCGAGAGAGAGCAGUUCAUCCACUGCCUCAAUGUCUACCACUCCAAGCGCAACGUGUACGACUUGGUGCAGACACUGAACGUCAUCCUCAACGCGCCCAGCAAGCGACAACUUCUCCCCAUGCUGCGGCUUGUCAUCCCCCGCUCUGACCAGCUGCUUUUCGAGCAAUACACCUCGGAGGGCCUCUACCUGAAAUCGGAUUUAGUUGCAAGCAACGGUACCACCGAGCCCCCGCCGGGCCACUUCCCCAACGCCAGCCCGAUUCCCCCGGCUCACUUUUCCCAGGACAAUCCAGCCGAGUUCCAGGUGGCGUUACGCGGAUCGCCGGAUAGCUUCAGCACUAGCAGUGAUGGGACAGCUCCCCUAGUGCCGCUCCUGGGCAGGAACUUUAUCCACGAGCCACCGGGCGAGCUGCGGCAGGUCACAAUGAAGCGGCACAAGAGUAACGAGGGCCUGGGUUUCAGUAUCCGUGGUGGUUCGGAGCACGGAGUGGGUAUUUACGUGUCCCUAGUGGAACCGGGCAGCCUUGCGGAGAAAGAGGGUCUCCGCAUUGGGGACCAGAUCAUGAAAGUCAACGAUAAAGUCUUUGACAACGUUUCCCAUGCUGAAGCAGUCAAGGUGCUGAAGGGCAAUAAAAAGCUUAACCUCUCUGUACGCUCAGUGGGGAGGAUUCCAGGCGGCUAUGUGACCAACCAUGUCUAUACAUGGGUUGACCCUUUGGGCCAUAGUGUGUCCCCUCCUCCUGACCUACCUGAACAUCACAGUGCUGCCCUCAGAAGAAGUGACAGCCAGCGACGUAGCAACAUGCAGCUCCUGCAGGAAGGAGAUGAGAAGAAGGUCAACUUGGUUUUGGAUGAUGGUCGAUCCCUGGGCCUUAUGAUCCGAGGCGGUGCUGAAUACGCGUUGGGUAUUUACAUCACUGGAGUGGAUCAUGGAUCAGCAGCAGAGUGUGGAGGGCUCAAGUCUCUGGCCAGCCCGCCCUUGCAAUCUUGCCCCUCCACCACUCCUUUCUGUUCCUUGCCCUCGUCGCAGGUCGGGGAUCAAAUUCUGGAAGUAAACGGCCGCAGCUUCUUGAACAUCCCUCACGAUGAAGCCGUCAGAGUACUGAAGUCGUCGCGGCAUCUGAUGAUGACGGUAAAAGAUGUGGGCCGCUUGCCUCUAGCCAGGACAGUUGUUGGUGAAACAAAGUGGAUUGCCAGCUCCCAAAUUGCAGAGAGCUCCGCAAACAGCAGUAUGGCAGGCUAUUCUGUUGACCAGGGAGCUUCUGGUGCUGGGAAGUCUGGUUUUUACAAGGGUGUGGCUGGAUCACAGGUGACCUUAUCUAGCUUGGUGAACCAGUCCAGAGCCAUGCUAGAAGAGCAAGCGCGUCACCUACUGACUGAGUCGGAACGCCAAACUAUGGGUUACUACUUGGAAGAGUAUCGAGAUGGACACAUUGGCGUGGAGCAGCUGGUCAUGGCGCUUUUCGAGCUGCUCAACACUCAGGCAAAGUUUUCCCUACUAUCAGAAGUGCGAGGCCUGGUCGCCCCGCAGGACCUGGAGCGUUUUGACGGGCUGGUGUUGCGCCGUGAGAUUCAGGCUCUCAAAUCAAGACAGGGCUCAGCAGGAGCUCCUAUCGUUCAGCCAGACACUCUAUCUAUGGUGUCAUACCCUGACACUCUGACCUCGUCUUCGGCCAGCUUCAUGACCAAUACCACUCUGAGCUCCACCCGGGAAAGGCUGCUGUGGCUGAUAGAUAUGAUGGAGAACGACUGUGUGGUGGAUACUAAUCAGCAAGAUCCCUUGGACAGUCUGAACACACUGCUGGCUGACAUCUCUCUGGAUGACAUACAGUCCACCACAGCUGACUCUCCCCCUUCCUUCAAGCCUCCACCCCCAUCAGGGGUGCAGAGGCGCAAGAGUAGAAGAGACCAGCUCAACAAAUGCCCCUCGUCCGAAUCCACACACACGGGCUUGCACUUCACAGUCCCCAUCCGGCCUAUCCACAACAAAAAGCCGGUUCACACCCCUUCAUCACCUUCACUACAUCGCAAACAAGAUCCUCCCACGUUGCCUUCCAGGGACUAUGCAGCUAUCCGAAAGAAAGAACUCUUGGCAUCCAAGAGAGAACAGAAAACCCCCUCUCAUUUGUCCAUGGUUGCCCAACAAAGUAUUGGCCCUUUUCCACGCGUCCAGUCCCCAAGCAGGGGCGCCAAACUGGCUGACUCAUCCCCUUCAGCAGCACCACCACCACCACCACCUCCACCCCCAAUCUCCGCACCUCCCCCUCCUCCUCCUUCUCUCCCGCUUAAGCCAGCCACAAUGUCCAAAGCCUCAUCCCCGGGCUCUAAGCAACAGUUUGUUACAGUGGAAGUUCACAGGCCCAACGCAGAGCCAGAUGUCAAUGAGGUGCGGCCGCUGCCCCAAGCUCGAGGUGGCGCCCUGUCUCAGCUGUCAGACAGUGGCCAGACUCUCAGUGAGGACAGCGGUGUGGACAUAGCUGAGUCAGGACACAUCAGCAGCUCCCAUUCCUCAUGCACACGACACCCUCAAGAUACCCAGGGGGGCGGGGGGGACAACCCCACCAAACCGCCAGGGCUGUUGGAGCCCACCUCCACAUUAGUGAGGGUGGCAAAGAGUGCAAGUACUUUGGGCAUCGCGAUUGAAGGAGGAGCCAACACUCGACAGCCACUACCACGAAUUGUCACAAUUCAGCGUGGCGGUUCAGCUCACAACUGUGGUCAGCUGAAGGUGGGUCAGGUGAUCCUGGAGGUAAAUGGGGUUUCCCUUAGGGGCCGUGAGCACAAGGACGCCGCACGCCUCAUCGCUGAGGCCUUCAAAACCAAAGAGAGGGACUAUGUGGACUUUCUGGUGACUGAGUUCAAUGUAGCACUAUAGCUGAGUAGGAGAGGAGACGAGCAGGGAAUCAAGGACAAAAAGGAGGAGGACUUUUUCAUUUUUAAAUGGCACAAGUCUUUAGCGGUGAACUAAAAGGAAAAUCCACCUCAUCUGUCACACAACCUUAU